CGUCGCCCAAGCCCCCGUCUACGAUAGUCGAUGAUGAAUAAGGCCACGAGACUUGUUCUACAAGUUUGACAGAAGCCGAUCUGUCCGACAUCCGCAACCUCGUCGGUUAGGAAAGAUUCGUCGUCGGAAUAGAACAACUUGCUGAGGGUCCAGUUUCGGACUCCCGGGACUUCCAACUUCAGUCAGUUCCAACUCGGUGCCUCGCAACUGGACCAUCUUGGAGCGCGUAUCUUAUGGCGUUAAAAGAUACGUAAAACAGACAUCCUUGAAAUUUUCCAAACUAAACUUCUCCCUUUCCAGUUCAAAAAGCCUGCUUCCGAAUGAGGAGUUGGCCUUCGCGACGAAGAGUACAAACCAACCAUGGAGUACAAUCCCCCGGGCGUCAAUCAAAACAUCACCAUUUCGUAUAGGGAGUCCCAACCACCCAGAACGGCCCGGUUCUAAAAAAGGUUUGGCGGACAGUCGCCAACCUGUAAGUUCUCGGAACAAUGCUGCACGGAACAUGCUCGCCGGAUGGUAAACGCCCUGAAAGCGCCCUCGGAAUGACUGAUCAAAAGCUGCACGGACGCGCGUUCAAGCAAUCCGGAAUUGCCAUGCGGAACGGCAAUGGACCUCGAGGUUCCCCCUGCUGGCGACGAAAAAGACCAAUCUGGCAUUCGGUGGUAGCGGAACCGGUGCUGCAGGAGCGCAGGCAAAACAUUUCGGUCGUCAAUUCCAGAAAGAAUAAAAACGGCAGUCGGUUCUGGAGUAGGAUGACGUGUCCCGCUUUUGCCAAUCUGCAUAGCAUAACGGCGCAGAAUCACUUGGGGCGCCCGGUUCAACAGAUGGAAGAUCUGGAAGCUGCCAACAUUAGCGGUACCGGCGAGGUUCACCGAAAUCCGCCAACUACGGCAACGCAAAGCUGAACGAAUCCGUCGAGAAGACACCACACAAAUGCGGUGGUGG